AUGAAAUUGUCAGAGGAAGUUGAUGGACAAGUUACAAGGGAAUGUAGGAGCUGUGAGUCUGACCAAGAAGGCUCGUGUGUGGUGGGAAUACCACGAGCAAAACCAAGGAUGAGACCUAGAUGGAUUGGUAAACCUACCGUGGAGAUAAAGAGAUUGCUUUGGGGUCUCAUCUCAUGUGAACACGUUUGA